CCCUCGCUCCCUCUCCUUGCUCAGUUCUUUGUGGUCAUGAAUUGACUGCAGCAGAAUCCGACCAAGAGAGAGGGGGGCAGAGAGCAGCGGGAGUACCCGAGGCAGCGUGUGUAUGUGUGUGUACACGCCUGCCUGCGAGGGGGAAAAGGGUGCAAGAAGGUUUGCAAGAAGAGGGGGAGAAAAGAGCGACUUUUGCUUCCGAGCAGGAUUCAUCAUGCAGCUUCCAUAUACUGAAGACAAAACUGAGAAUGAAAUUGCUUUGGAAAGCUAAAAUGAGCUCGAUUCAGGACUGGGGUGAAGAGGUAGAGGAAGGAGCUGUUUACCAUGUCACCCUCAAAAGAGUCCAAAUCCAACAGGCUGCCAAUAAAGGAGCACGAUGGCUAGGGGUUGAAGGGGACCAACUGCCUCCUGGACAUACAGUCAGCCAGUAUGAGACAUGUAAAAUCAGGACCAUAAAAGCCGGUACCUUGGAGAAACUCGUGGAGAACUUGUUGACAGCUUUUGGAGACAAUGACUUUACCUAUAUCAGCAUCUUCCUGUCAACUUAUAGGGGCUUUGCCUCCACUAAGGAAGUACUGGAGCUGCUCUUGGACAGGUAUGGCAACCUGAAGAGCCCAAACUGUGAAGAAGAUAGAAGCCAAAAUUCAUCAGAAUGCAAAACUGUGCUCAGGAAUGCAAUUGCCUCCAUCUUGAGGGCCUGGCUGGACCAGUGUGCUGAAGACUUCCGGGAGCCGCCUCAUUACACUUGCUUGCAGAAGCUGCUAGACUAUCUUAAACGGACCAUGCCAGGCUCUGACCCUGAAAGAAGAGCACAAAACCUGCUGGAGCAGUUUCAGAAGCAGAAUGUGGAAACUGACAAUGGAUUUCAUAAUGCUCUCACCUUCAGUCUGGAAGAAGAAGAGGAUCUAGAGGGUGGUGGAUCAAGUGAAUUCACUUUAUUCCCAGAGGACCUUGUGGCAGAACAGCUGACCUACAUGGAUGCAGAACUGUUCAAGAAAGUAGUACCGCAUCAUUGCUUGGGCUGUAUUUGGUCUCAAAGAGAUAAGAAGGAAAACAAACAUUUGGCUCCCACCAUCCGGGCCACCAUCUCUCAGUUUAAUGCCCUCACCAAAUGUGUCGUCAGCACCAUCUUGGGAGGCAAAGAACUCAAAACUCAGCAUCGGGCCAAAAUCAUCGAGAAGUGGAUUAACAUUGCUCAUGAAUGUAGGAUCCUGAAGAAUUUUUCCUCCUUGAGAGCCAUCGUUUCAGCUUUGCAGUCUAAUUCAAUUUAUCGGUUAAAAAAGACUUGGGCCGCUGUCCCAAAGGAUAGAAUGUUGAUGUUUGAAGAACUUUCAGAAAUCUUCUCAGACCAUAAUAAUCAUUUGACCAGCCGGGAAUUGCUCAUGAAGGAAGGCACAUCAAAAUUUGCAAAUUUGGAUAGUAAUGUGAAAGAAAACCAGAAGAGGACCCAAAGACGGCUUCAGCUGCAGAAGGAUAUGGGAGUCAUGCAGGGAACUGUACCCUACCUUGGUACCUUCUUGACUGAUUUGACCAUGCUGGACACUGCUCUUCAGGACUACAUCGAGGGUGGACUGAUCAACUUUGAGAAAAGGAGAAGAGAGUUUGAAGUCAUUGCUCAGAUCAAGCUCCUUCAGUCGGCCUGCAACAGUUAUUGUAUGACCUCUGAUCAAAAGUUCAUCCAGUGGUUCCAGAGACAACGACUCUUAACAGAGGAGGAAAGCUAUGCCCUCUCUUGUGAGAUUGAAGCUGCUGUAGACACCAGUGCCACCUCACCAAAGCCUAGGAAGAGUAUGGUGAAAAGACUUAGCCUCCUGUUUUUGGGCUCAGAUGUGAUCAACAGCAGCACACCCACCAAAGAGCAGCCUAAAUCAACUCCUAGCGGGAGCUCUGGAGAAAGCAUGGACUCAGUCAGCGUGUCAUCGUGCGAGUCAAACCACUCUGAAGCUGAGGAGGGCUGUAUCACGCCUGUGGACACACCAGAUGAGCCUCAGAAAAAGCUCUCUGAAUCCUCCUCGUCUUGCUCCUCUAUCCAUUCUAUGGACACAACUUCCUCAGGGUUGUCAUCUUUCAUCAACCCCCUUUCCUCCCCUCCUGUCACCAACAACAAUCCGAAAAACCACAAACGCUCCAUCUCAGUCUCAUCCAUUACCUCGACAAUGCUGUCUCCAGUUUACAAUCAACAGAAUGAAGACACCUGUAUAAUCCGGAUCAGUAUAGAAGACAACAAUGGGAACAUGUAUAAGAGCAUCAUGUUGACAAGUCAGGAUAAGACUCCAGCUGUUAUCCAGAGAGCCAUGCUGAAACACAACCUCGAUUCAGACCCAGCAGAGGACUAUGAGCUCGUCCAGGUCAUCUCAGAGGACAAAGAAUUAGUCAUUCCAGAUACUGCAAAUGUCUUUUAUGCUAUGAACAGCCAAGUGAACUUCGACUUCAUUCUACGGAAAAAAACCACCGUGGAUGAACAGGUGAAGCUGCGUAGUCGAACCAGCUUGACCCUGCCCAGGACUGCAAAGAGAGGGUGCUGGAGUAACAGACACAGCAAAGUCACCCUCUGAAAGGGGUGCAGGCGUGGCUUACAGUCUGUCAAAGCAAGGAAUGGGACCGAGGAGGUUGGCAAAAGGACUUCAACUACCAUCCAGUGUUAGGGAGCCUUCAUCUAUUCGACAGAUAUUUAUUGAGCAUCUGCUAAGUGUAUGGCACUGCGCAAGACACCUUGGGGAAUGCCAAGAUCAACUAGAUAUGCAAGGGAUGAACUACUACCGCGGUGUUCCUCCUUGACCAACUUGUGACUAGAAUGCAAAGUUAUCCACAUAUAGAAAUAUGUAUGUGUCUCUGUGUAUGUGUGUAUAUAAACAUAAACAUAUUAUAUAUAUAUAAAUGUAUAUAUAAAAGGAAUUUUAUGGGAUAUUCUGGACUAUGGGAAAAAAUUUGCACAUUGGCCUAGGACAAUAUGGUCAUUUUUUAUAGGGAAAAAAAGAAGGAACUGAGAACAUACAUAGCCUUACACCUUCCAAUUAAAUGAAAUCAAUUCCUAGGAAUACGAAUUUUCCUUUGUGCCAGUAUUACUUAUAACAUGAACUUCAAAUUUUAUUUUUCUAAGAGGAGAAAAACCUCUCAAAAUCAAGUGCCACCAGAAGCAAACAAAUGAAGGGCGAGAAGAGCCACCAUCAGCUGCAUGAAAGACCAGUUUGGAAAGGGUCUGGAUAAGCCGAUGUCCCACAGCGUCUGCCUGCACAUGCCACAUUCUAUCAGCCUGGGCUGGGGAAUAGGGAAGGAGCUUGGGUUUCCACCCAGCAAAAAAUAAAGCAAGAAGCUUAAUUGGAAAGAGUGUUAGAUUUUGAAGCUGGAGGACCUGGGUCUAAAUCCCAGCUCUGCCACUUACUACCUAUGUGACCUUGGGCAAGUCACUUACCUUCUCUGGGCCUCAGUUUCCUCAUCUGUAAAAUGAGGAGGUUAGACUCAAUGACCUCUAAGGUCCCUUCCAGCUCUAAAUCUAUGAUCUACCUUGAUCCAUUCCCUCAAUAAAUUGCUUUUCUGGAGGGGGAGGAGAGAAAACUCAUUUUAUGAUAUCAUCAAAUUUCUCUAACCAACAUCUUUAUUUUUUUGGGCACCCAUUCAGGACCAGGAUACUCACUUUAGUUUUUUCCCAUCUAAAACCAUUCAGAAAGUGGGUCAUGCUUGUUUUUGCACAAACACUCAUGUUUUUGGUUACUUACCAGCCAGGCAAGGAAGUGAAAAAGACGCCCUACAUCUGUGGACUCUGUCCUUGUUUGAAUGCCACUGGUCAUUGCCUUUUCUGGAUAAAUGCCUUUUGCAUGUACAGCUGCAUAUCAUGCUGGUCCUCUGCCAUCAGAAUUGCUGUUCCUCAUUAUUCUGUGCAAUUAUUCCUCAGGUGUAGAACUCUUUUUUGAGACUGACUUAGAUUGGUGGCUUGGAGUCUGUGAAGGAAUUGAUUCCUGAGCGUCGCUUGACCCAUUGGCUGCCUUUGAAAAUGGUGCCUGUUUAUUGUAGCAGUGCCCAGUUUUACUUUAUUAUUAACUUUUGUAGCAUCACUGUGCCUAGCCCACAGCCUCCCCAGGGCAGGGUGGGGGACAGCCUUGUGGGGUCGGGGGUGCAUGCCAACUAAAAUGUUUCUUAACAAGGUACAUUAUCCAAAUGGAAUAAAGAAGUUAAUGUUGCAUAUGGCCCCCCAUAGCUGCUAUUACUCUGUCUCACUUGGAAGUGAAAUUUUUAUUGCCAACUAUACCAUUUUCCUCCAGAGUCUGAGGUGUGGUGAAAGUCAUUUUAGGGGUUUGAACUAAAAGCCAUAUAUGUCUGAUAAUGACGCGUAAGAAGCACUUACAGAAUGUCAUCCUUUUUUAAACUUUUUUUUUCAGAAUAUUAGUCUGCAUUCCAAAAAUAAAAAUAAAGAUGAAGUGAAUCAAGAUUAUAAAAUAUAAAUUAUAUACAUAGAUUUCUCUGUGCUAACUCUGUAAUGCGACUAUGAAAAGUUGUGUCUCAUUUAUGUUCUGUGAACAGCCAUAAUAAAUCAAGCUUGGGGUCCUGGAAAGGUCUGGAGAGCCAUAACACAUAGACAAGAAAAAGAAAUCAAACUGAGAAUGCCUUACAUCUUGCUCAGACUUUUCCAGGGAUGGUGAAUUUUGCACUGUAAAGAUGCCCAACUUCGCACUUCUUCAUGCCCAUUAGCAGGUCCAUCCUCAGUCUGACAAGAGGAGGGAAGAAAGUGGCAGGUGAUGUGACCAUGGGCCCCACAGUGUGACCAACAUAUAAGAUGGAUUGACAUUAGAGCCUUAGCCUGUUUUUUGGGCUGUCAGUCCAGGAAUAACAUGUAAGCAUGUGUGGUUGAAUGUCCCCAGAGCACAAUGUGUUUGCUUGUAUAUACUGUAUAUGUAGAGAUUAGAUUUAUAUACUGCACUGUACAAAACCUGUAUUUUUCAUUUUUAAAGAUGAUGAAAAUGCCCAGUGGGAUAAAAUAGCCUCAUUUAUUUAAUGCCAUAUUUUAAAUACCAUUUUUGUUCCUAAUGGACAGCUUGUAUGUGCUUUUAGCUGCUCGCACUCUUCUCCUUUGGCAUCUCUGUCAUCUGUUUACCUUCUGGUUAAACUAAUAAACUGGUUUGGGAAUAAGA